ACUUGAAGCCUUAGAGGCGAGGCUGGAUGCUACAGAAUUGGCGCUGGAGAUCGCACCGCUGGCGGAGGAACCAAGGGAAGAUGCACCAGAGGCUGCGGAAGCGGCUGCACCGGAAAGCUGUUGAUGGAAGCAACACCGCUGGCAGAAGAUCCAGCACCACCACCGAAGAUGGUAGUCGAGCCAACAGUGGUAGUGAAGGUCGAGCCACCGGAAGUCUCAACGGAGAUAAUGGCAGAGGUGGUGAUGGCCGAGGGAGAUCCACCAGCACCAGCCUAUAUUCCCAGUCAGCCAAACUCCAAUCCUUGUUCCAGAUUUGAAUAUCUUACUUCUCCAGUACCAGUGGUAGUCGUGGUGACGGUGCCAGUAGCAGAAACACCUGCGCCCGGAAGAAAGCAAGUUCCAGUAGCGGCCAUAGCAGUAGCAGCUGAAAGCGAGUUAGCAUCGUCGCCCUACUUCACAAGUUCAUGUCCGGCCUGCUUACAAGAGCAGAAGCUGCUUCCAUAGGCAAUGACGGUGGAGGCAACCUCAGGACCGCAAACAGCGUUGGAGCAGUCGCGGAUACCAUAGCCAAAGUUGACGUUCUUACAGAGGCAGACGUCGUCAUUGGCAGCGCAGCCAAGUUCCGCAAACUUUCCGAGCAUAUUC